UGCUCUCUCACACCACCAACUCUCCUGCUGCAGUCUCGAUCCAACAUGGCUGAGCAAUUGGUACUCCGUGGCACCCUCGAGGGCCACAGCGGUUGGGUCACCUCCCUAGCCACCUCCCUCGAGAACCCCAACAUGCUCCUCUCCGGAAGUCGCGACAAGACUCUGAUCAUCUGGAACCUGACCCGCGACGAACAGGCCUACGGCUACCCGAAGCGAAGCCUCCACGGCCACUCCCACAUCGUUUCUGACUGUGUCAUCUCGUCGGACGGCGCUUACGCUCUCUCAUCUUCCUGGGAUAAGACGCUGCGUCUGUGGGAACUGUCCACUGGUGCAACUACCCGCCGGUUCGUCGGCCACACCAACGAUGUCCUCUCCGUUUCUUUCUCCGCCGACAACCGUCAAAUUGUGUCUGGAUCGCGCGACCGAACAAUCAAGCUCUGGAACACCCUCGGAGACUGCAAAUACACCAUCACCGAAAAGGGCCACACCGAGUGGGUGUCAUGCGUGCGAUUCAGCCCGAACCCCCAGAACCCGGUAAUCGUCAGCGCUGGCUGGGACAAGAUGGUCAAGGUAUGGGAACUCGCUUCCUGUCGCAUUCAGACGGACCACAUUGGACACACCGGCUACAUCAACACCGUCACCAUCUCCCCUGACGGUUCUCUCUGUGCCUCUGGUGGCAAGGACGGCACCACCAUGCUCUGGGAUCUCAACGAGUCAAAGCACCUGUACUCUCUCACCGCUGGUGACGAGAUCCACGCCCUCGUUUUCUCCCCUAACCGCUACUGGCUGUGCGCCGCCACCGCCAGUGACAUCAUCAUCUUUGACCUCGAGAAGAAGAGCAAGGUGGAUGAGCUCAAGGUUGAUUUCAUGGAAGUCGGCAAGAAAAGCCGGGCACCCGAGUGUGUCAGCUUGGCAUGGAGCCCUGAUGGCCAGACUCUGUUCGCUGGAUACACUGAUAACAAGAUUCGCGCAUGGGGCGUCAUGUCAAGAGGUUAAAUGUGUCGAGGAGAGUUGGGAAUUAGGUAUGGCAUUUCUGAGGAAUUCUAUUGGCACCUAGGGGCUGCUGUAGCUGUAGCUUUCUCUGGCGUCGGAGUGAAUAAAAUGAUCAACACUUCAAGAAGCGAGUGCUUGAUACUUUCA